AAACAUUUUUAGUUAUGAUCUAGUUGAAAUAUAGAAAACAACUUGUGGAUCAGCGAAACUAUUAGAUUAAAAGUUCUUUUAUAAUACAUAUACCACCUAUCCGACUAUAUUUCUUUGCAAUGAAACCGAUUUUAAUAAUUGUGCUAAUAUCUGCCUUCAUAUCAACUGCAUUCGGCAUUGAUUGCUAUGACUGUGAAUCACUGAGUGACCCGCGUUGUAAUCAAUUUUUCGAGAGCAAAGGUGUCAGACAAACCGAUUGUGACGAUGCGGAUAUGCCAGCAUAUUUGCAUAAGUACGAGCGUCGCAUACCAGCUACCGGUUGUUUAACGAAGGUGCACGAAGGCUUGGAUGGCCGCCGUUUCUAUAUACGUCGUAGCUGUUAUUUCGGAGAUCCAGAAAAUAUAGACGAAGCUUGUGAUACCCCCGAUCCAUAUGUGCCCUGGGCCAAUUUGAUUUCAUGCACUGUCUGCACCGAGGACUUGUGCAAUGAAAAUAUGCCAUUGAACGGAGGACAUCAUACAACGAGUGCUUGGCCAGAAUUCGCAUUGAUCGGACUAACUUUGGCAGCAAUGACACUACACUGCGCACAUACACUCUUUAAAUGAAAUAAACAGUUGAUCACAUGUCUAUUUACACUCGUGAAUUAUUAAGUUAAUAAAGAUUUUAUUACUCCAAAAUAA